GCGGCGCGCGGAGCGGGUCCGGGGUCGCCCGUGGCCCCGGACCUCACGGUCGUCGGUGUCCUGGCCUCCCUCCCGCCGCGGUCGUGUCGUGCGCUGGGCGGUGUAGGAGUUGGUUCCGGGAGGCGUGCGGCAGGAUGCGCGCGUCGUCGUCAGCCGGGCCGCUGCGUGGAGGAGUAUUAGUCCCGGAGCGGUGGACCCUCGAGUGAGAGGCGGUGUUGCCCUGCAGGGGGUCGCCCCCUCCUAGUCUGACUGGCGUUAGCACGGUCGUUCCAGGCGGGACGACGCGCCUUCCUGCCCCGACUGUGCGGCGGAGACGCAUGUCCAGUCGCGCUCCGCGGGAUGGACGCCCAGCCGCAGGGAUUGGGAAUGCAGAGAAGAACAAAGGAUGAUACUUGGAAAGCAGAUGACCUCAGAAAACAUCUUUUGGCUGCACAAUCGGGUAGUCCCAAGGAAGAUAAGAAACACAGAGAAAAGAAGCUGCAUAAGGGGUCAGAAAUGGACCUCCCUGAAUACAAAGAGCCCAAGCACAGGGAACCAGACCGAGACUCCAAGUACAGAGAGAGGCCCAGCGAGAGAGAUGGCCACACCUCCAGGGAGAACCCUCACGGGGACAGAGACAGAGACAGAGAAAAGCAAAGGGAAAGGAAAAAGGACUCCAGAGACCGGGACAGAGAAAGGCAUAAAGAGAAAUACCGAGAACAGGACACAGAGAGGUCUCACGGUAAAGGAAAAGACAGGGACAAGGACAGAGACCGCAGAGCUAGGAGGGAGGAGCUCAGGCAGACGGCAGCCCACCAUAGCCUGCUGGGCCGUCAGCUCCUGGACAGAACGGAGCGCAGGGUGCGAGCAGUAAUCAAAGUGAGACCGGAAGAGAAGGAGAGGAGAGAUGAAGACCCUGAGAGGGGGGAAGAAGAGAGAGAAAGACGGUACAGAGAAAGAAAGCUGCAGUACAGCGACAGUAAAGACAAUCCUCUUAAGUAUUGGCUGUAUAAAGAAGAAGGUGAAAGGAGACACAGGAAGCAGAAAGAACCAGAUCGAGAAAGGAAACAUGGAGAAAAAAGCAGCACAAGGGAAAAAAAAGAAAAGUAUCCAAAAGAAAAAAGUAAUUCCUUCUCUGACAGGGAAGGGGAAGAAAGACACAAGGAAAAGCGACACAAGGAAGGCUUUCAUUUUGGUGAAGAGAGGCACCAAAGUAACACGGAUAAAAAAGAGAGGUUGUCAAGAGAAGAUCUUAAGAAAAGGGAGUCCAAGAAGAGUGAGCACAGAAAUCGGGGUGCAAGUUCAAGGAGAGAUCCCACCGGCAGCCAGGAAGGAACGUGCGCUCUCUGGUAUGCAGAGAAUUUAGUAAGAAAUAAUGAAAAAAAUAAAGACUCAAGAAGAAAGCACAGCCGCGAAGAGGGCUCCUCAGUGUGGAAGCUGGCUCAGAAGCAUGGAAGAGAAGAAACGGCGGAAAUUGAAAAGGAUGACAUUGGUUCAGGAAAUGCUGGAGCUGAUGAAUAUAUAGCUUAUUUUGAAGAUGAUUUUGAAGACUAUGAAGAUGACUUUGAGGUCUGUGAUGGAGAGGAUGACAGCUCUAAUGAGCUGGAACCAAAAGAGAAAAUCGAAGAGCUUCCUCCAGCCAGAAAAAAGGAGAUACAAGAAAUUCAGAAAGCCAUUAAUGCAGAAAACGAAAGGGUUGGCAAGUUGUCCUGCAAACUGUCCCAGAAGCAAGGUCUGCUGGAGGGUGAGAGAGACUCAAAGACAGAUGGAAACAGUUCCCCUUCCAAAACCCCUGUUUGUGGAAUUUUCGUUGAUUUUGCAACAGCCUCACGCCGUCAGAAGAGUCGGACUCAGUCCCUUAAGCAAAAGACACGCAGUACAAAGCUGCUUCGGCUCAUUGACUUAGAUUUUUCAUUCACUUUCUCUCUCUUGGAUCUACCGCCAGUAAAUGAGUAUGACAUGUACAUCAGAAACUUUGGGAAAAAAAAUACCAAGCAGGCGUAUGUUCAGUACAAUGAAGAUAACGUUGACAGAGACGUCCAAACUGAAGAGAUAGAGACCAGGGUUGUGUGGACCCAGCACCCCGGAGAGGGCACGGCCGUGUCAGGGGGGAGUGGGAGUGGAGAUCUCUGUGAUGUGGCCGCUGCACCAAAGGUCGACACGCCCAGGCUGUCCAGCUUCCUCCGGGCAGCCUGCCAGGUGAUUGCGGUCUUGCUUGAAGAGGACCGUGUGGGAGCCGAACCCAGCUGGAGCCCCAGGGCACAGGACAGCACCCUGCAUAUCAGUGACAGCUCCUCUCAGCUGAAUACCAGCCUGCCAUUCCUUCAGAAUCGAAAAGUGUUGUGCUUAUGUGCCUCUCAGGUGCAGAGACAGACGGUAGUGUCUGUGCACGGGCUGCCUGGAGCUGCAUUCGCCCCCGCGCUGGACGGCAGAUAUGUGCUGUGCGUGUGGGAUAUCUGGCAGCCUUCGGGGCCUCAGAAGGUCCUGAUAUGUGAGUCAGAGGUCACAUGUUGCUGCUUUAGCCCUUUUAAAGCCUUUUUACUGUUUGCUGGGACGGUGCACGGCUCGGUCGUUGUGUGGGACCUACGAGAAGACUCCAGAAUGCAUCAUUAUGUGAAGCUGGGCAAUUGCUUCUGGACGUUCAGGACAGCAACGUUUUCUACUGAUGGUGUCCUGACUUCAGUAAACCACCUCAGUCCUGUUCAGGCAGUAGAACCCGUCUCCACGUCUGUCUACAAAAAGCAGAGUUCUGUGCUUUCCCCCUUUUCUGCUCAAGAAGAAAUGUCAGGUUUGUCAUUCCACAUUGCUUCCCUGGAUGAAAGUGGGGUUCUCAACGUGUGGGUGGUCGUUGAAUUACCAAAGGCAGAUAUUGCAGGCUCAGUAACUGAUUUAGGGCUGAUACCCGGAGGGAGGGUAAAGCUGGUGCACAGUGCUGUGGUUCGGCUGAGCAACAGCCUUUCCCAUAAAGGCUGUGAAUUCUGGGGGGCCACACGAACCCUGAAUGUGAAGUUUCUGCCUUCAGACCCUAGUCACUUCAUUGUUGGCACAGACAUGGGUCUUAUAAGUCAUGGCACCAGACAAGAUUUGAGAGUAUCUCCCAAGUUGUACAAACCUCAGCAACAUGGUACGAGACCAGUCGAAGUGAAUGUCAUUGAUUUUUCACCAUUUGGAGAACCAAUAUUCUUGGCCGGCUGUUCAGAUGGAAGCAUCAGGUUACAUCAGCUGACGUCCGAGUGCCCUCUCCUGCAGUGGGAUGGCAGCACAGACGGCCACGCAGUCACAGGCCUGCGCUGGUCCUUGACCAGACCUGCCGUGUUUCUGGCCCAGGAUGACACAUCCUGUAUUUAUAUCUGGGAUCUGCUGGAAAGCGAUCUGGGUCCUGUAGCCAAACAGCUCAUCUCCCCAGACAGGCUGGUGGCCAUGACAGUCGUGGGUGAAGCAGAGAAGGCCAGUGGCAGCUUCCUGGCCCUGGUGCUGGCUAGAGCCUCUGGCAGCGUGGACAUCCAGUACCUGAAGAGGGCGUGGGCAGCCCCCGUGGGAGACGAGCUGGGGAAGCUGCGACUGCUCUUGCAGGAAGCCCUGUAGAAGGGGGGCUGUGGAAUAGUGGGGUGUGGUCUUGGGGACAGCCGACAGGGCCAAGUGAUGACCCACAUGGGAAAGACGGUUAUAUCCAUGUGCAUGUACAUUGAUGUAGAUAGAGGACAUGUAUUCUGUAUGUAAGUUAUUUUUCAAGAAUGUCACCUCAGUGUUCCCAGUAAAUAAAUCACUAUUUUUUGAAAGGAAACAACAAACAUUUUAGUGUAUGACUGAACUUGAGAGGAAACUUGAGAACAUCAUGUCAAUUAUGUUCUUCUCUGAGAAUAUUUCUACUUAUUUUUAGAAUAGCUUUAAAAUAUUAGCACAUUAUAUUUUAAACAAGCUACCAUGAAAAUGUACUUCAAUGAACAAUUUUCUUAGUCCUGCAGAAAAGAACAUACUCAGGUGUAAGUUAAAUGUAGUUCCAUCAUUGAAAUGACCUCUGCCAACCGUGUUUUCUUAAAACUUUCUUGGGCUUCUGUUGGCAUUAUUUGAAUGUCAGACACAUUUUACAUUAUGCUUUAGUAUUUGAAAAUGUCUGUAUAAAAAUAACCCAAGUAAAUAAAUGCUCUUGGAUUUUGCACUCAGUUAUAACAGAAUUUUGGGGUGAGAUCCAAGAAAGCCCAGGAUGGUCCCCUGGCCAGCACCCAGUGUCGCCUGGCACAGUGAUGCGUGAGGAUGGUCAGCGAGGGGCCAGUGGGGCUUCCGUCUCUCUGGCCACAUGGAGCUUCCGCUUAAGCAACAGGAAGAAUCACUGCAGAACGUGAGCAUCUUUUACCCGGGAGGGAUCUGGGAAGCUGACGCCCUGGGACAUUCCAGGACAUUUGUCACCUUGUGUAAACGUGUGUGUGUCUGACUUGUUCAGUUGAUGUGCUCUGCACAUCAGCAGCUCUGUGGACAGAGGUGGGUCUCUUUUCUCACCAUCGUCUCUGAGGGCUGUGUGCGUGCGUUGCAGACAGUAGGCGCUCAGCCAGUGGUGAAAGAAGGAAGAAAGGAAUGCAUGGCAAUCGAGUGAGUUAGCAGUGUGGCUGUCACUAAAACGGAGCAGAGUCCUAUCAGAAUGCCGUAUUUCAUGACUGGAUGUGGAAAUUUUAAUUCUGGAAACGGCCUAGUCCCUUGACCCCUCAUCUACCACCACCCUCCAAGUCCUUAUUUGUGAAAUUUGACCUAAACUGAAAUUGAGAGGCAAUUACUGAAAUUACUACUCUAGUAAUCAUGAGUGACCUCCAGCAACCUCCAGAAUAAGACGGCGUCGAGUUCGCAGCCAUGCCAGCUUUUCUACAUCCCAGCAGAGGCUCAGGAAGACACAGGGGACAAAGCACGGCCACCAAACACUGACCCACUAGUUAAGAGCAGCUUCUAGGUGUGAGAUCACUGGACUCCACUGAAAAGUGCCAGUGACGCCUAGGGAUUGAUGUCCUCCCACUGGAGCCUGUGUCUUGGACACAAGACUCUUGCCUGCAAUGCCCACCCUCCCCAUCCUCCAGGGGAGCUGCUUCUGCCUUCAGUGGAUGCUGCUCUCUCUGCCUUACAAAGCUCCUCCGUGCCUAUCGUCAGCACCUCCUUCCUCCCGUCCACAUUGAGACCCCAAUACCAGGAAAUACCAAGAGAGAGAUAAGUGCCAAAAUAUAAUUUUGCCAAAAUUAUCUUCGAGGACAUAUGGGGACUAGAAGGGUCCCUCCAGCAGUCCUUACUGGUGAAGCCAGUUUUAGAGGGUUCUGCUCUUUGAAUAGCUUGUUUAGAAUAUCUAAGGGACGUUAAGGAACAGAAGAGGAGGGCCCAUCUGAGUCCAGUGGUUCUGCAGCAGAAAGAGUCUGCUUUGGGCUGGAGGUGUGCACAGCUCUUACCCAGUGUCUAGAAGGAGAAGGCCCCACUGGACCCUGCUUGUUGGCAACCACAGAGUCUGGACGUGAAUGCUGUUUGAAGGAGGAGUAGACCAAGAGUGAUGAAUAUAGUGCCGCAAAACAGAUUUCUCGGCAAGUGAAAGAAUAUUAUCCUGAGAACCCAGAAAGGGAGCAGACAAAGUAAAACAGGCAGGCAGCAAACAACAACAAAAUGAUAAUCUGUAAGGAGAAAUGGGUUCCAUGAAAAGGAAUAGAAAGCCACAGGAGAAAACAGAUUUAACAUUAAAUGCUGCAGAAAAUGUGUAAAAUAAGAGUUAAAAUCCACACUGAAGAUGACGAAUGGGUAUUUUCCAUGAGGAAUAAUGGGUCAGUGGUGUACACACUUACCUGAGGAGUUUCUCAGAUUGCAGAGGGACAAAUUGAUGGAAUAGUGAGAGACCAGCGGCCCAAAUUAGGAAUUAUGGGUGUUUCUAAGGACGAACAAUUGGCAAAGAAGUAAUAAUAAACAACUGUAGGAAGAACUUCCUGAGUUGAUAAAAGACCUAAAUAUGCAUGGCAGAAAGCUCACUGGGAGGUGAUCCACAGACAGGAACAAGGUCAACAUUGCAGAAAACAUCAGUGUGCUUUCAGAGUCAAGGAAACGUAUUUUAUUUUUCCUCUUUUUUUUUCCUCCUCUUUAGUUAAUUGAGCAUUUUUAUGAUUCCAUUUUAUGUCUAUUGGAUUAACACUUAUACCUUUUUAAAAAAGUUGUUAGUGAUUGCCGUCCAGCUUACAACAUACGUCUUUAUUUAACCAGAGUCUGUCUCUGCAUGAUAUCAUGGGUGGUGGGUGGUGUAAGGAAUGUUCCUCCUCCCUCUCAUCCUGUGUGCAUCUGCAUAUAUUUUUCUUUAUAUGUGUUAUAAGCACUCAAUGUGUUGUUAUUUUUGCUUUAGACAGCUGACUUUUCAAGUAAUUCCAUGUAGGGAGAAUGAAUUUCAUCGUACCCUCAUGUAUCCUGUGCUUUCCUUUCUUUUUGUAGAUCUAACACUCCUUGUGCCCGAGAAGCUUCCUGUAACACUUCUUGGAGUGGCUACAGUGGCAAUACAUUCCUGAGAAUUUUGUUUGUCUAAGAAAGUCUUUAUUUCUC